UCUCAAGUACAAAAGUCCUUACCUUUUCUUUCCAAUCUCUCUGAGAUAUUCCACUUCUCUUUCAGAAUCAUACAUCUAUCAAAAUCAACCAUGGCUAUUCGCCUACCACGUAUUGCUAGCUGUAAGAAAGUUCCCAAGGGUUACUUUGCGGUAUAUGUGGGAGAAAGCCAGAAGAGGUUUGUGAUACCAGUGUCGUUCUUGAACCAGCCUUUGUUUCAAGAUUUGCUUGGCCUGUCAGAAGAAGAAUUCGGCUAUAAUCAUCCUACUGGCGGUCUCACGAUUCCCUGCAACGAAGACCUCUUUGCCGAUGUUACCUCUCGCUUGAACUGAUUGUUGAGAGAAUUAUCACAUUCACCUCAUACAAUUUUGUAAAGCAAAAACGUAAAACUAUGUAAACACCUUUUUUCCCAUCCUUUUUGCCUUGGGAGCAGAAAUAAGUCUCCCUAUAUGGAAAACUAGAGAUGGUGGUUACUGUAGCUUCCAAUCAGUAAGGAAAAUCAUAGUGCAAAGCACAUCAGUCGGUUGAAAUUUUAUUUCCA